AUGAGUGAGCAAAAUCUUAUUUUCGAAGCGAUUCACACAUCAAAAAAUCUAUCUUCCGGCGACGAUGCAAAAAGCGAAUAUUAUAACACAAAGAAUAAUAAGGAAGUCGAUUCCAAUCGUGGUGGUGUUAGUAUCAACAACAAGACAUUAGGAAAUUCAACAGCUAAAACAAGUAAUAGUAGUAAUCCACCGAAGAUAAACUUUUCGGUAUUGAAACCGCCACAGCCAGUGAAAUUAGGCGAAGACGAAGUAGAUAGAAGUCUUGAAUUACAUUCAGAGAGUUCUACAGCGCCUAAUGUUAAGUUAGAAACCACGACUUCAACCCCACAACCUAAUCAUGUAACCUCGCAGCAGUCAUUGAACACCCACAUCCCUAAUAAUCAACAAGAACAAAAACCAUUACCUACGACAGAGAUAGAAGCGGAUAAAAAGAAACGAAAAAGAAGUCGAUGGGAUCAAGCAGGAUCAAAUCAAACUGCUACUAUUCCAACAACACCACAAUCUUCCACUGCUACACGCCGCACAGCGAAAAGUAAUUCAGCUCCAUCACAAAUAUACACAUCUGCUGAUAAACGUCAAUUUGCUAAAUUUUCGGAUACUUAUAAACCGGGAAUGAUCAAAGUUGGAUCUAAAUGGGUGUAUCCAGAAGAUGAAAUAAUCGAUGGUGGAACAUGGGAACAUAAGAAACGUGCCGAAGAAAUGAAACGAACUGCCGAUCAAGCAGCACUUUUGACGCAACAGGCAGAGGCUAAACGCGCACACCAUAUUGCUGAUUUUCUGCCAAAAGAAGAAUUACAUAAAUUUGAGUCAAAAGUGAAGGCGGUCAAAACGGGCGAAGUUUCUCCCAGUUAUGAAGAUUAUGCAAAUAAUAAGUUGGACCCAACGAAUAUUGGGUUCAAAAUGUUGAUGAAACAAGGAUGGCAGGCAGGAUCAGGACUUGGGAAAUCUGGCGAGGGAAUUGCUGCACCUAUAAAUAAAGCUGAUACUCGUCCUGCCAAUGCUGGUUUAGGUCAAACGAAACCAGAUGGAGUGGAAGAGGAGGAUGAUGAAUUUGAAAUUUAUCGAAAGAGAAUGAUGCUUGCAUACAGAUUUAGACCUAAUCCUCUGUCUCGGCCUCCCUUCUUACUACUAGGUUUCCUCCUUCGUCCACCACUUUCUCUAUACCUUUAG